AGAGCAGCUUUUUACCCCACGGUCAUCUCGUCUGGUUUCUUGACUCCCACAGUAUCUUGACUCCCACAGCUCCUUGACUCCCACAGCUGGUGACCCCGACGUGAUCAGCUCCCGGCUCCUGCUCACCCGACCCUUCGGUCUUCACGGUGCACCAAUUUCAGAAGCCUCCUGAAGUCCUGAAUGCUUAGUGUACUAGGCAAACCUGCCCAAUGCAGGCCCCUAACGUGACAUAUGUACGCUUGUGACGUCAAAGCUCACUGGUCACCAUGCUCUGGACAGGAAGACGCUUCACUAAUAACUUUUUAAGACUCCUUUCUUCAUGGUUGAAUGUAUGCAUUUUUGAUCUGCUUUCACUGCUCCCUACACUGGUACGGAGUCAUCUCCAUGUUGUCAUGUGUGAAUGUUUUUGGUUCCUUUUUGGUUUUUUUUCCUCAAGCCCCCUGUUGCUGUAUGGACCAUCGGUGAUACCGGCAGGACAGCACCGUUGCCAAUUCUAUGCUGGGUUACAGGAAGAAUUCCCUUUUGGCAACCAUACAGACACAUUUCAUUGGGUGCUAGGGGGGGUGGGCAGGCUCUUUAGUUCACCCUCCCCUAGGACUUUCACAUACCCAAUAGGUCCAUGGCAGAAGAUCCUCUUCCAACCCCAGUAUAAGAAGCUUAUCAACGAGGGGAGGACGUGAAACGGGUUAUUUCUCCUUUUGUCCGCGCCAUGGCUGUUAUGGGUCGUCCUGCCGCCCUCAAAACAGACAAUGGCCCUGCUUCCUGUUGCUCCGCCUUUGCUGAAUUUUGUGGCCGCUGGCACGUUCGGCAUCUCUACGGUAUUCCCUUUAAUUCCACAGGUCAAGCUGUUGUGGAGCGUGCCAACCGUACCUUGAACGCUGCCCUGGCUGUUCUUGAAAAACAGAAAGGGGGAGAAUCCCCCUCCGCUGUUUCCUGUGACAUGCUCUGAGCACAAAACCUUUUUAUUGUUUGUUGUUGGUUCCAGUCAAUGCAGAACUAGUUACUCAGUCUCCUCCUCAGAAUUUGUGGGUUCGACACGCUGCGUAUAUGUUUUGGCACCAUGGUACUAAUGUUACACUUGUGUAUGAACCCCCCAUGUCUGUUUCCUCUAUGUCUUUCCUGCCCACCCCCUUUCAAGCUCCAGAAAUAGUGUUAGCCCAAUUACAGAACUUAAAUCGAUCCUAUAUGUUUACCAACCCAUUGGAGGACGAUGUUAAUGCUACUCGCUUUCGCAUGUUUCAUUACCAAUAUGCCUUACCAGGACUGUGCUUUUGCUGCGGCGCUACAAACAACGCCUUUUCCAAGUGGAAGGGACUUGCUGAUGGGAACAAACAUUGGCUUAGUCGCAAGAAUCAGACUCAUUGUAGUGAUCGAUUCUGGGUGGGAGGCGGUAAUAACAUGAACUGUAAUUCUUCUUAUAAUGUUAAUAUUUCCCUCAUGAAUUCUACUUGGGACAUGCUUCAUGUCACUUUUCCAUUCUUGUUUCCAAAUGUUUCAACCUUUACCCCCGGGUCCAUUUGUAGUGGGUGGAUCAUAAAAGACCCCAAUUUAUGGUUCUUCUGGGGUACGGGGAGGGCAGCCGCUGCAAGUUUCACAGGCAUUUUAACCUUAGGCGGCUACUCUAAUAUAGUAGCACAGGAGAACCGUGCUUCCAUCAUUGGACUCACCUGCCGUCUAGAACAGUCCAUUAAUGCAACUACCUCCAUUAUUCGUGACCUACAGAAGGAAAUCUUCAGUCUGCACCAAAUACAGUUGCAGCACCGGCUUGCCCUGGACUAUCUGUUGGCACGCCAAGGAGGGUUUUGCAAGAUUGUUGGGCCAGCAGCCUGUGAGGUACGGUUUCAAGACUUCAACCGGACCAUCGAGGAAGAGUUGAAGCACUUGCACAACCUCAUUGCGGAUAAUGCACUCCGUCCUGAUUGGGACCCUUUCGCUUGGCUAACCUCCCUGCUCCCAGACCCUACUUGGCUCCGACAAUUGAUCUGUGCCAUAAUUGUAAUUGUUGUUCUUUUAAUCAUUGCCUGUUGUUGUAUUCAGUGCCUUCCUAAUUUGCUGCAAUUGUGUACACGUUCUAAGGAAACAUGGCAACGGCGUGCAUUGUAUUAUGCUUAUCAUCAGCUUAAAAACAAAAAGGGGGAGAUGUAGGGGUACAGGAACAAGUAUCAGACAUCACGCUGGCAAACCACGUGACUUGUCUGUGCUGCCUGUACCCUGCAGGGCCCCAACCGAAACCGCUUCGUGUGCAUUGUACUUUGCCCUGUUGUAAAAGGGUAUCAAUCAUUACCUGAGCCAACGCCUGGCUUACAAGGAUAUAAAAUAAAGCACUGCUCCUGGCCCGAUAGAGCAGCUUUUUACCCC